CCGAGUGGGGUGGCGCGAGCCACUGGCCUGCCCAGCUGCAAGUGGUGGGGGACUGGGCGCUCGGGUUGCCGGACCGGGGGUCGCGGGGGCUGGCGCGUGGGCGCUCUGGGCCAGGAGCCCGGGCGGUGCAGCCGCUCUCGGGGAAGGACCUAGGAGCCCUCCGCGCUGGCAGAGCGGCCUCGGGACCGUUGUGGGCGACGCUCCGGGCCUGGAGGCGCAGGCCCCGCGCAGGAGGCGGGGGGUGGUGAGCGUCGGGUUGAGCGUGGGCCAGAGGUGGAAGGGGUAUCUUUGUAAUAGCUGACAGCCCAGGACGAACGCUUUCCCCUGAGGCCCGCGGGAGGGUCGGCACCUGCCUCCGUCGCUAGGCCGGCUGCCUUCAUCUCCUCUCCUGACAGGUGCUUGGUUGGUGUGUCCUGCCCGAGCGAGGUGGACACCUGCCUGGUCCAACGCCAUGCACACGCUUGUGUUCCUGAGCACCCGGCAGGUGCUCCAGUGCCAGCCAGCUGCCUGCCAGGCCCUGCCCCUACUGCCUCGUGAGCUUUUUCCCCUGCUGUUCAAGGUGGCUUUCAUGGACAAGAAGACAGUCGUACUACGUGAGCUGGUACACACGUGGCCCUUCCCACUGCUCAGCUUCCAGCAGCUACUGCAGGAGUGUGCCCACUGCAGCCGGGCCCUCCUGCAAGAGCGGCCCAGCACAGAGAGCAUGCAGGCAGUGAUCUUGGGACUGACUGCCCGGCUCCAUGCCCCGGAGGCAGGGACUGGCACGCAGCCCCUCUGCAGGAAGCACGUGCUGCGGGUGCUGGACAUGACAGGCCUCCUCGAUGAUGGUGUGGAGCAGGACCCAGGCACCAUGAGCAUGUGGGACUGCACAGCAGCUGUGGCCCGCACAUGCAUCGCCCAGCAGCAGGGUGGGGCUGUGGAGCCAGGGCUGGCCACUGUUCCUGUGGAGGUGCGUGUGGACCUGCGAGUGAACCGGGCCUCCUAUGCAUUCCUGCGGGAGGCACUUCGAAGCAGUGUAGGUAGUCCCCUGCGGCUUUGCUGCCGAGACCUGCGAGCUGAGGACCUGCCCAUGCGUAAUACGGUAGCCCUGCUGCAGCUUCUGGACGCAGGAUGUCUGCGCCGUGUGGACCUGCGCUUCAAUAAUUUGGGCCUGCGCGGCCUGUCUGUGAUCAUCCCACAUGUGGCCCGCUUCCAGCACCUGGCUAGCCUGAGGCUGCAUUAUGUACAUGGGGACUCAAGGCAGCCCUCUGUGGAUGGUGAGGACAACUUCCGCUACUUCCUGGCCCAGAUGGGUCGCUUCACCUGUCUGCGGGAGCUCAGCAUGGGCUCCUCUCUUCUUUCAGGGAGGCUGGACCAGCUGCUUAGCACUCUGCAGAGUCCCCUGGAGAGCCUGGAGCUGGCCUUCUGUGCUCUGCUGCCUGAGGACCUGCGCUUUCUGGCACAGAGUUCCCAUGCCGCCCACCUCAAGAAGUUGGAUCUGAGUGGCAAUGACCUAUCCGGCAGCCAGCUUGCACCUUUCCAGGGUCUGCUGCAGGCAGCGUCAGCCACAUUGCUGCACCUUGAGCUAACAGAAUGCCAGCUUGCUGAUACCCAGCUGUUUGCCACGCUACCCAUCUUAACUCGCUGUGCCAGUCUCCGCUAUCUUGGCCUCUAUGGCAACCCGCUAUCCAUGGCGGGCCUCAAGGAGCUGCUGCGGGACUCAGCAGCUCAGGCUGAACUGCGCACCGUGGUACACCCUUUCCCUGUGGAUUGCUAUGAGGGUCUGCCCUGGCCACCACCUGCUUCUGUCCUGCUGGAAGCCUCCAUCAAUGAAGAGAAGUUUGCCCGAGUAGAAGCAGAGCUGCACCAGCUGCUGCUGGCCUCAGGCCGUGCACAUGUUCUCUGGACCACGGACAUCUAUGGACGGCUGGCUGCAGACUACUUCAGCCUAUGAUUGCUAGUCUUUCGGUGAGACACAGGCCAUCAGGGGUCUCCUUGGGUAGAUAGGGCUUUUGGUGGACUAGUGACAAAAGCACUAGAGUCUGCUUUCCUGCCGGCUCUGCCUGGCUUCUGGGUGUACCUUGAGUUCCCCCUGCUUUUUGCACUGCCCUGCACAGUUUGGGUGUGAGUCCUGUCUGCAUCCCAAUACAGGUGUGAGCUGAGAGAGAAGGUCUCCUUGGGCCCUUCCCAUCCCUUUACUGAGAGCCUAAUGCUCUGGGCUUAAAGUUGGACAGGACCUGCUGCAGGGAGGCUUAGGUCUCCGUGCACUCUGGGCUCCAUAUGGUGUUAUGGCUGCCCGUUGUGCUGUGCUUUGGGGCUGGAGGGAGUCAUCAAGGUACUAACUUGCAGUAUGUCUGGAAAUUCAAUUUGUGGCUGUUUUCUCAGUACUAAUUGGUCGUCUGUAACUUCUCCCAAUCUCUGCCAUCACCUCCAUCCUGGCCACUAGUCAGCACCCAUCAUCCAGCCUGUCG